AUGCACAUUACGAGCCCUUCAGAUAUCGUCAUUCAGGAGAAAUUGAAAGAAUCCAACCAUUCCGUGAUUUUUAGAGUGGCAAUGAAGGGAAGAGAAUAUGCUAUGAAAGUGGUCAAUCCUUUCGUGUGCGAGUCGAAGGCAUAUCGACGACUGAGAGACACGCGACUUUGCGAGCGGGGAGUUGUUCCCGAUUUCCAUAGGACAAUCGAGAAACUGGAUCCCACCCAAUACCCGCAGCUAUCUAUGUUCAUCAAUGAUGAACGUCCUCCAAGUGCAAUUAUCAAAGAAUAUAUUCCCAACAUGGAGCCAAUCAACGUAUCUAACUAUGCAGAGCGGCGUAUGAUAAGAUUACGCGAGAUUUUGGACGACAUUCACAAUGCAAAUAUUGUCCAUGGCGACCCUUGGCCACGAAACAUGAUGGUCUGUUCAAGGCAAAAUUCUAGAGUGCUCUGGAUUGAUUUGGACUCAGCCCAGACAUUUGACGAACGCCCCUUUACUUCGAGACAAGAUGGUUGGAUCAAGGAAGAGGACAGAGUUUUGGAUUAUUUUAUACUGGCAUUGGGUAGUGAUCACAAGGAGGGAAAACUGGCAAGGGCCUCAUCCUACAACUAUAGUUAG